AUGCAGGAAGUUCAAGAGCCUCAACCCCAAUCAACACUAGGUCAAGAAGAUGUCGAUCAAGUGUUUGAUGAAAGUUCUGCAAAUGAUAAAGGUGAAACACCGGAAGAGUUAUUGAGUAGUCCCCCUAAAGUUGAUUCUGAAGUUGAGGUUCUUCAUGAGAAGGUUACCAAGCAAAUAAUUAAGGAGGGUCAUGGCCAGAAACCUUCCAAGUAUUCUACAUGUUUCUUUCAUUACAUGGCGUGGUCUGAGAACUCGGAGCACAAAUUUGAAGAUACAUGGCAGGAGCAACGACCAGUUGAGAUGGUAAUAGGAAAAGAGAAGAAAGAAAUGACCGGCUUGGGCAUUGGGGUUGCAAGCAUGAAAGCUGGGGAGCGAGCAUUGCUGCGUGUGAGCUGGGAAUUAGGAUAUGGAAAGGAAGGAAGCUUUUCUUUUCCUAAUGUUCCACCCAUGGCAGAUUUAGUUUAUGAAGUUGAGCUCAUUGGUUUUGACGAAACAAAAGAUGGAAAAGCUCGCAGCGAUAUGACUGUAGAGGAAAGGAUUGGUGCAGCAGAUCGGAGAAAGAUGGAUGGAAAUGCUAUGUUUCAGGAAAAUAAACUAGAGGAGGCCAUGCAACAGUAUGAAAUGGCCAUAGCUUAUAUGGGAGAUGACUUCAUGUUCCAGUUGUUUGGGAAGUAUAGGGAUAUGGCUCUCGCUGUAAAGAAUCCAUGCCAUCUUAACACGGCAGCCUGUCUGAUAAAGCUUAACCGCAAUGAAGAAGCUAUAGGACAAUGCAGCAUUGUAUUGAGUGAGGAUGAGGGCAAUGUGAAGGCAUUAUUUAGGAGAGGUAAGGCUAGAGCAGCACUUGGGCAGACAGAUGCUGCAAGGGAAGAUUUUCUAAAAGCGCGUAAAUAUGCACCCGAGGAUAAAGCAAUUGCAAGAGAAUUGAGGCUACUUGCUGAACACGACAAAGCUAUUUAUCAAAAGCAAAAAGAGAUCUAUAAAGGAAUAUUUGGACCAAGGCCUGAACCAGUACCUAAGAAAAGGAAUUGGCUUAUACUUAUUUGGCAGUGGUUGGUUUCAAUGUUUUGUAGCUUUACAACACUCUUCAACCGUGAAAAGAACAAAUCUGACUAA